GUUUAGGGUGCCAUUUGGGACAGGACCUUUGAACCUCUCUCACUGUACGUCAUAGGACCACCGAUUAAGAGCCACGAUCACAGAAAUCGCCACGAAUGUUUCACGAUGGCAAUCUUUCGUCUGGGACAGCCAAAAAUCGUGCAGUGUAUCCCGGGCUUUGGUGUCAGAGAUUUGUACAUCGACUGUUUCACGAGUUUUUACAUAAAGUAGCUUUAAAAGUGACUGAGUGAAAGUGAAAGUGAAUGUGCCUUUAUUUUGAAUUCAUUGCACGCGCUUUAUAUUAUCCGCCCCUCUUUUACAGCCAGUCAGAUCAUUACUUAGGAAAAGAAACGAGGGAAAUGAGUUGGUAACGGUGCUGGUAUAGUGAAACUGUUAAAGAAUUGGCAGAGGCGUAUACAGUGAGAGUGUGUGUCUCGUUACUAAUAAGAAGUGAGUUAUAAAGUGAGCUUGCCGGAAGAUUUUUCUUUCAGCCAAUGCAGCCGUCCCACAGCAAACAACAGAGGAGCAAUCCACAUUGAUUGGAGGCAGCUGACUCAAAGACAUGACCGAAGUUCACAUUAGUGACACAUUAUUCAACUGUUGUGGUGACCAAGCAUUUCUUUUCGAAAGGCCUUCAAAAUGGGGGAUUAUGCUCGCUAAAUCUCCGCAGUAAACAGCUUUGUGUGUAGUGUGUGUGAGUGAUUACCGGCAGUGAGUUUUCCGAUCCAGAACAGGUAAUUGCUUCUGACUCAUAUGAGACCUGCAGUUUUCGGAGAAUGGAGCAGAGGAGUAGAGCUCGUGUAGCGGUGAUAGGGGCUGGGCCGGCAGGGCUUUGCGCUGCUCGACACAUUCUGUCAAGGCCCGAGACCUUUGAUCCACCCGUGGUGUAUGAAAUGACUGAUCAUUUGGGUGGGACCUGGUUCUAUGAGGAAAGAGUUGGCACAUAUGACAAUGGGUAUCCCAUCCACAGCAGUAUGUAUAGGGACCUCAGAACCAAUUUGCCUAAGGAGGUUAUGAUGUUCCCUGAUUUUCCCUUUGAUGACCACCUGCCUUCUUUUUUGCACCAUACAUCGGUUCAGCGGUAUUUGGAAAAAUACUGUGAGAGUUAUGAUAUUGCCCGUCAUAUCAAGUUCAACACCGCGGUGGAAAAGGUGAAGCCCGUCUCCAUGGAGACGGAGACAGGGGGAGCUGUGACGUGGGAGGUAAUUUCGCACCGCACAUGUGGAGACCGGAACACGCAGACAUUCGACUCAGUGUUCGUCUGCAACGGGCAUUACUCCGACCCCCACCUGCCCUACAUUCCUGGAAUAGAGCAUUUUAAAGGGAAAGUCUUACACAGUCACUCGUACCGCUGUCCAGAGGCCUUUGCCAACAAGUCCGUCGUGGUCUUGGGGGCCAGAGCAUCUGGUGUGGACAUUUCCUUUGAGUUAGUCCAAGUUAAUGCCCAGGUGAUUCUAAGUCAUAACACACCAAAUAUGUCCUUACCUCUGCCUCUGGGUAUCCGGCAGGCUACCUCUGUUGUUGGGGUCUUGGAGGAUGGAUCUUUACAGUUCCAGGAUGGAUCAGUGACCCAGGCUGAUAUUCUUCUGUUCUGUACAGGAUACAACUUUAACUUCCCUUUCCUUUGUCCAUCAGAGCUAGGCCUGGACGUACAGGAUCUUUUUGUGACUCCGCUCUAUAAGUACUUGCUGCCUCCUGGCUUCCCGUCGAUUUUUUUUAUUGGCAUUUGCAAAAUUAUUUGCCCUUUCAUACAUUUUGACUGCCAGGUUCAGUUUGCUCUAGCUGUCCUGGAGGGUUCGGUAAAGCUGCCCACUCAGGAAGAGAUGGAGAAGGAGGUGCGGAGAGAGAUGCAAAAAAAACUAGACACAGGUGUGCAGGUGAAGCACUUGCUCAAUUUGGACAAGGAUCAGUGGGAUUAUUACCUGGAUCUGGCCAGGGUAGCCCAAUUCACACCCCCUCAGCCAGUGUUUAAGAGUCUAUAUGAAGAGGUGGGCAGGCAGAGGAAGAAAGACCCACAGAAAUACAGACAGAUCAACUAUAGGCUCAUUGAUGCCACACAGUGGGAGCUUUUGGAAGCUUCACCAGAACAGACUGAUUGAGUUUAGCUAGUUUGAGGACAAAUGAAUUGCAUUACCGUUUUGCUGUCAUAUCUGAGAUGCUUUCUUUUCGUAGGAAAACUGAAUGAAGAAAAUUCUUGUAAUAAUUCUUAAUUAUACAAAAAUGUAGCGAUCAAAGUUAAUAUACACUCACUGGCCACUUUAUUAGGUACACCUGUUCAGCUGCUCCAUGAUGCAAAUAUCUAAUAAGGCAAUCAUGUGGCAUCUACUCAGUGCAUUUAGGCAUGUAGACAUGGUCAAGAUGAUCUGCUGAAGUUCAAACUGAGCAUCAGAAUGGUGAAGAAAAGUGAAUUUGAACUUGGCAUGGUUGUUGGAGCCAGAUGGGCUGGUCUGAGUAUUUCAGAAACUGCUGAUCGACUGUAAUUUCCAUGCACAGCCAUUUAUAGGGUUUACAGAGAACGGUCCGAAAAAGAGAAAAUAUCCAGUGAGCGGCAGUUCUGUGGACGAAAAUGUCUUGUUGAUGCCAGAGGUCAGAGUAGAACAGCCAGACUGGUUAGAGCUGAUAGAAAGGCAACACUAAUUCAAAUAACCACUCGUUACAACCGAGGUCUGCAGAAGAGCAUCUCUGAAUGCAAACGCAUCAAACCUUGAAGCAGAUGGGCUACAGCAGCAGAAGACCACACCGAGUGCCACUCCUGCCAGCUAAGAACAGGAAAUUGAGGCUACAACUCGCACGGGCUCAACAAAAUUGGACAAUAGAAGAUUGGAAAAACGUUGCCUGGCCUGAUCAGUCUUGAUUUCUGUUGCAACAUUCAGAUGGUACGGUCAGAGUUUGUCAUAAACAACAUGAAAGCAUGGAUCCAUCCUUGCUUGUAUCAACGGUUCAGGCUGGUGGCACACUUUGGGCCACUUAGUACCGAUUGAGCAUUGUUUAAAUGCCACAGCCUUCCUGAGUAUUGUUGUGGACCAUGUCCAUCCCUUUAUUACCACAGUGUACCCAUCUUCUGAUGGCUACUUCCAGCAGGAUAAUGUGCCAUGUCUCAAAGCUCAAAUCAUCUCAAGCUGGUUUCAUCAUGUCAAUAUGGACCAGAAUCUUUGAGGAAUGUUUUCACCACCUGGUUGAAUUUAUGCCACAAAGAAUUAAGGCAGUUCUGAAGGCAAAAUGGUGUCCAACCUUAUACUAGCAAGGUGUACCUAAUAGAGUGGCCGGUGGGUGUGUGUUAUAUUUUUCCUUUAUUAUUAGCAUAACAAAUAUAAGAAAUAAAAUAAUAGCAUUGACUGAAGUUAAAUUGAAACAUUUGAUUUGAAAAUCUUAUAUUUUUCUUUUGCUUUACUGACAGCAUACAAGCUGCAUGAACUCCAUGAGUAAUACACUAGCUUCACUUAAUAGAUCCUGACUAAAAAUAAAUUAAUUAAUUAAUAAAAUUCAUUAUGGGGAAAAUUUGCCCUAACUGACCUAUAUACAUAUGUACAUAAAUGGGUCAAUGACAUAAUACUCCUUUUUUCUGUCUAUAGGUAUCUCCAAAGAUUGUAAAAAAGAAUUUGGUCUCAUUAAAAGGCCAAUAUUGCUAGAAAAGAAAUGUUGGCAUAAGUAUUUUUUCAUAAUCUUUUAGCCAUUUUGUUGAUAGUGUAAAAUUUACUUGAUGGUAACUUGACAUUUUAGUCAUUAAACCUUUUAAGAUUUUUUUUUUUAAAUAUUCCAUUUAAUUUUCUUUUUUACUGUAUGAUCCUGCAAAAUAAAAUGAUUUCUGAUGUUUUUU